AUGACCAACGAUUCACCGGAGGAGGAGACCCGAGCUCCGGGAGGAGGAGUAGGAGGAGGACGAGGAAUAACACGAAAAAACCGAGCGGACGACAAUGUCACCAUCCUGACAUCCUCCAUGGAUUUACACAGAGUCAGCCGGAGCCGAGCCAGCAGCAGCAACGAAGCCGCCCCGAGCUUCACAUCCUCCGUGGAUCUGAGCACCUCCUCCCUGGAGCUCAGCAUCCAGACGCGGAUCUUUAAGAUCAUCGUCAUCGGGGACUCCAAUGUGGGGAAGACCUGCCUCACCUUCCGCUUCACCGGAGGAAGCUUCCCCGAUAAGACCGAGGCCACCAUCGGCGUGGACUUCAGAGAGAAGGCAGUGGAGAUUGAAGGGGAGACUAUCAAGGUACAGGUAUGGGACACAGCAGGCCAGGAGCGAUUUCGUAAAUCCAUGGUGGAACACUAUUACCGCAAUGUCCAUGCAGUGGUCUUUGUGUAUGAUGUCACCAAAAUGGCUUCCUUCCGCAACCUACAGACAUGGAUAGAGGAGUGUAAUGGCCAUCGGGUCUCAGCGUCAGUACCUCGAGUCCUGGUGGGGAACAAGUGUGACCUUGUGGACCAAAUACAGGUGCCCUCAAAUAUGGCGUUGAAGUUUGCUGACUCCCACAACAUGCUGCUGUUUGAGACGUCUGCAAAGGACCCAAGGGAGAGUCAGAACGUAGACUCCAUCUUCAUGUCCCUGGCCUGCCGCCUGAAGGCCCAGAAAUCCCUGCUCUACAGAGAUGUGGAGAGAGAGGAUGGGAGAGUGCGCCUCACACAAGAGACUGAAACAAAGAGUAAUUGUCCUUGUUGAGGAAAAGGAGGAGUGGGAGGCAUAA